AUGAACAACCGACCAGUCGAGCAGGCGUUGGCUACCUUGGUGCCAACACAUGCCAAUGAUAUACCGCAGGAGCUUCUCAGCUAUGCGAUGUCUCUGGUUGCGCAGUCUCGAAGCUUCUCGGCCAGUCUCAAACCCGAAGAGGAAAUCGCUCGUCCAUAUGCAUGCGCGGAAAUCGCCUGCAGAAGAAUGAGCCGCACCCUGAAGCUGCCUCCUUUGCUAGGACGUGCGCCAUGUCCUCCGCGUGUAUACAAGAAGCUUUACUCAUACCUCGACCGGUCCCUCACAUCAAGCUCAGUUGGACUGAAGCGAUCAACAAGUGGAUCGGUAGCCGGAUCACCGUCUCGCGCAGGGUCUACACAAACGACGCCUACGAAAGCCAGGAACACCCCAUCCAAGGCGGUUGCUCCCACCCCACGGGGACUGCAGAACACACCUUCAAAACCUACUCCUCUGAAGCGGAGCAUGAGUACAUCAAAUCACCUCGAGAGUCCCUCUAAAUCAGCUAGGAAGGUUGCAACGCCUCGACCUAAAGAAGUCACUGGUUCCACUGUCAUCCCCGAUGCUCCGGCUUGGGUUAUGACGGCCAUUCGAACUGUAUGCAAGAUCCUCUCCACACCAGCACCACGCACAAAUACCUGGUCUCGCCCUCCAAUCUCGAGAACUCUCCCUCCGCACAUCUUCUCCGGUGUCUCGUCCAUUCUCUACCUUACCUCCAGCAUGUCCAACGACGAGGCAGGAUGGGACGAAGAUUCACUGCAAUUCCUGGAACCUAUCGUUUCCAUCAGCGGCUCCGACAAGGACGACGACUUCAAGGAGCUAGUAUAUGCAAUGGCUGUGGCUGUGUACUUCCUUGUUCUUGCACGCCGACGUAAUCCCGGACCAGGUCAAGAGGCCAAUAUCGAAGCGCAGAAGAUGGACAAGAAAACAUUCAUGGAAAUGCGCCAGACUGCACUGAACAGUCUUGGUCUUACCAACGACCGGCGGCAUCGCGACGAUGUGGACCAGUGGAUUGCUCUGAUCAUGGAGCAGGGCUGGGCCAAUGGCCAGGAGUGGUAUGAGAACAUUCCGUACGCUGGCCAAAUGUUUGGCGAGGACGAAGAAGGGAAGUCUUAUCAAGAUUUGGACCAGGAAGACGCAAUUCUUCGGGGCGUCAGACCGCCCAAGCGCUCUGCGGCAGAGGGCGCCCGUGCUUCGCAGGCAGAUCAUCCUCCACGAGGUGGUCUCUUGCCUGGCUUGGGAACGAUGAUGCAGGAUCGUGUUGACUGGUUGAGUGAUGAGCGUAGGGAGGAGUAUGUUGAUUGGAAGGCGGAUAUCAUGACCCGUAUCCAAGGUACUGCUUGA